GGCACUGCGCAGACGCAGUGAGGACCCCCACUGGAAUAGUAGCUAGCACACUAGCCAGGGGCGGUCGGUCAGUCUCCCGUGAACGACCAAGGACGACAGGUGGAGGGAUUCUUCGUCUCGUCCAAACCGCCUCCACUUCCACAAUCCUAGGGAGAAUGAUGUCAUCUAUAAUGAGGACAGCUAUCCCAGGAAUCUUGGCAUUUUCUUUGCUUCUUCUGGUUGGGAGCAGUGAAGGGCAGAGUGGCAGAGGUGGAGGAUGUGUCACGGAGCAGCGUCAGGCAGGCAAAUGCGUAGCCAUCAGGAACUGUGCGGUACUCCGCCUGCUUCUUGCACAAGUACAAAGUGGCUUGGCUCCUCCAGGGUCUAUUGACAGGCUACGAAGGUCCAUCUGCCAUUUCGAUAGAGGGGAGCCUCUUGUUUGCUGCCCAGAGUCCUCUCCACUGCCUCAAGUGGGCAGGCCUCAGCCGGCCCCAUCUACGAGUUCAUCCACUCUGCCUUCAAGAUGUGGCAUUCGGGGCAUCACUGAUCGCAUCAUUGACGGAGUACCUGCUCCACUAAGGGCAUGGCCAUGGAUGGUUGUUCUCAGGGGCAAUAACGGUGGUAGAAGCUUUUGGUUUUGUGGAGGCACACUGAUUUCAGAUCGUUACGUCCUAACAGCAGCCCACUGCUUUAAACCACAACUUGGUGUCACCCUAGAAUUUGCAAGAAUUGGUGAGCACAAUAUACGGCAAGAUCAAGAUUGUGAAUUUGGAGUUUGUGCCCCCCCACCUCAGGACAUCCCAGUUGAGAGGACCAUUGUACACCCAAGCUAUGGUUCUCCCUGCAGUGAAUGUAAUGAUAUCGCACUCUUGAGGCUUUCACGAAAAGCAAAUCUUGACCCCUUAUAUGUGAUUCCCAUCUGCCUACCUCAAGACCCAGUCAGAGAAAUGGGUUUUUCAGUUCAGCAGUUUCAAGGAAAAUUUGCAUGGGCUGCAGGCUGGGGAACCACUGCUAGAGACCCAGCUAUUGUCUCUCGUCCCUCUAUCCUCCAGCAAGUGCAGCUACCCAUCCAGGAGCUGCCAUACUGUGAUUUCCUGAAGAAGGAUUACCCAGACAAGAAUAUGGUGCUUUGUGCUGGUGGUGAGGGCAAGGAUACUUGCAAGGGCGAUUCUGGCGGUCCGCUCACUUUAACCAACACAGUCAGCACGAGACAUUUCCUCGUGGGCGUUACCAGUCUAGGCCCUACUGUCUGUGGGUCUCAGGACACCCAAGGUCUCUACACAAGCGUCCAUCACUACCUCCCUUGGAUCAUACAAACUAUGCGUCCUUAAACGUCUUUACCAUUGUUUUUCCAUGUGUGUGUGUAUGCUGUGCGUACUUUUCAACUCGACACGGUGUUUGGCUUAGGAUUAGGUAUUUUUAAAAGUAUAGUACUCUACAUACAUUUCAGUGCCCUUCUUCAUCAUCUCAUCAUAGAAUCUUCAUGCAAUUACAUCAUACUAAAACCAAAAUAUACUACGUGUUCACGCAUGCUGAAUUACUAUUUUUGACAGAGAUUAAUCUUUGAAAAAUGAAUUAUUGUGAGUGGCAUCUGCCAUGAAAAUUGCAAAAACCACCAAAAUAUGUAAAUUUCAAAAAUCACAAAUACCUAGCUGUCUAAUACGGCAGUUUCCUCCCUCUCAAUUACAAUGAUUAGCUUUGAAUCAUCUUUGUUACUAAUUACAACAAAUAUAAAACAAAAUA